AUGGCGGCGCCCUGCGCGGAGAUGGAGCCGGAGGCGCCUCCGCCUUCGCCCCCUGCUCCUCCUGCGGCCGCGCAAGGCUCGGCCGGGCUCGUGUGCGCUCAGGGCCGCAACCUGCGGGCCGUGCUGUGCCAGCGCUGCGGCUCCCGGGUGCUGCUGCCCGGCGCCGCCACCUUCGCUCGCCGUGAGCUCCUCCUGCCCGCCAUGAGGAAGAAGGCGGCGGCGGCGGCGGCGGGAGGCGGCGGGGACGUGCUGCGGGAGCACUGGCUGGUGCGCGACAUGUUCUCCUUCGAGAACGUGGGAUUCACCCGCGACGUGGGCAAUGUCAAGUUCCUGGUGUGCGCCGACUGCGAGGCGGGGCCCAUCGGCUGGCACUGCCUCGACGACAAGGACAGCUUCUACGUGGCGCUGGAGCGCGUGGCCCACGAGUGACGCCGGCCCCGGGCCCGGGCUGGGAUCCCCGGGAGCCGCGCAGCCCUGCGGCCUGAGCGCAGCCGCUCGCCCCGGAGCCGGACUGACCGCGGCCUGCCUGCCCCGUGGCCACAGCUUGCCCGCUCCCCGGUGUGACUGACCCGCAGCCCAGCUGGUCACCCCAUUUCCCACAUACACAGGCUGAGCAGCGUCAGGAAUUUCAGCCCUGGCACAGCCAACUCCUCAUCUGCACCCGCAUGGGAAGAGUGCUGGUGUUGGGAGGGUUCCUGUACCCUGCAGGGACAGCUCACACUUUUUUUUUUCAUUUCUUUUUCUUUUUUUUUUUUUUUUGCCACCUAGCCUGAUCUAACCCAGUCUGGCUGCUCUACCACUUCCCUGGUGGCUGCUCCAGGGGCUGAGAUGUCUGUCAUGCUGGUGGCCCUGUGGCACCAUGUAAAUGGGGAGGACAGGACUGCUGCACUGAGUCACUGUGGCAGCUGAAAGUCUCUGACCUGCAGCCAGAGCACUUCCAGGAUUUAAGGCUGAAUCUUCUGUUGAUUUUCAGAAGGAACGUUUGCUGCCCCUAGCUCUAACAUUUAUGUUGUCUGAAACCUCAUCCCACCUGACAGCUAAACUCUGUGAGAGUUGUGGCACUGAAGUGAGUGUAAGGCAUUGCAACUAACAUGUGCAGUUCUGUUAACUGAGUAGUUGGGAACAAAACACUGGUGGAAUGUCCAGGCAGCCUAGGCUGAGAAAGCAGCAAACAAAGAAAAUGUACCAGACCAUAGAGCUUUCAGGCAACAAGAAUGAAGAGAUUCCAGCCUGAAAAGGAUCUGAAUCAUUGGACAGGCAGUGCUGAAGCAUGUCAGAACGUGUGUGUGUGUGUGUGUGUGUGUGUGUGUGUGUGUGUGUUAAACAGCGAUGUCAGGAAGGAAUUUCUCUUCUGUAAAAGCUGGUGGUAAGAGUAAUCUGGGAUAUCUUGACCAGUUUUGGUUUCUGCCUUUUAAAAGCUGGGCACAAAGCUAAUUAAAAACGGAAGGAGACUGCAGCAGCUGUGGUUCUCCCUGCAUUUAUCAUUGCUGAUAAUCGUGGCCCAGGUCAUUCUCCAUUGUAACCCCAUUGUACCCCCAUUAACCCCUGUAUGAGUCACAGAACGGCUCUCCAGGGAUGUGCUGGGGUCCCUGGUGCUGUGCCUCACUGUGGGACAUGUCACUGUCCUCUGUGUCAUGUCCACUGUGCUCAUAAGCACUUGGGUACUAACCCAGCUGUGAUGGCAGAGCUGUCACAGUGCUGGAGUGUUGGACUUGUUUGUGCUGCCAAACUCAAGGUGGGAUGUAGGUGUACGGCCCCAAGGCUGUGGGAAGAACCUUUCCCUUACCCCUCUAAUGAAACAAUUUUGCUGGCAGGGCUCUGUAAGGCAGGCACAGCCUUGGACAUGUCUCCCAGAAGAGGCAUCCUGACAGCAGGAGGGGCAGAAACAAGUCCCUUCUUCCUGCUGUGCUUGAGCACCUGCACUUCUAAGAUUUGGAGACUGCCUUAAUGUGUGGCCUGGUUCUGAGGCUUCACUGUCAGGAACCUCUGCUUGGGCACUCAGGAUUUAUCAGGGGAGGGAGAGAGACAGAACUGUAGUCUGGGGGCUGAGGGUCUCACUGGAGCAGGAGCCAAAUGCUGUGCUGUGUCCUUGCUAAAUGUGUAAGAUGGACAUUUGUCAUGGAAACUGCUUCUUCCCUCCUGCCCUUCCUGUCUCUUAGCCCUAAGCUCAAGGACUACACAGUUUCAUCAAGGAGAUGUGCCUCGAAGGACAAGAGAGCUUCACUUGGGUUCUGUACAAGCAUGGCAAAUGGUGUGAUCACAUCACUAAUUUCACACUUCCAUUUGGAUUGUUGUCUCUCAGGAUGUGUUCUGCUCUCUAAUACCCAGUUGUAGUCCAUUUUACUUCAAUAUGCUGUGCUGCACAAGCUUCAUUUUGAAGGCAUCACUGUGCAGAACAGACUGUGGAAAUCAGCUUGGCUAACACUGAGUAAAUGACCUCCAAAAAAUGGUA